AUGACUCCGUCGAGGUUUGCACUGGUCGUUGGCGUGUCCUGCCUGAUGAUGGCCACCGUGGCGUGGGGAACCGACCAAGCGGCGGCGGCAGCACAGCAGAAGAAAGAGACAGAGAAGCCACGACCCAAGGACCCUCAGAAGAGGCCACAGCAGAAGGACCCCAGAGAUAAGCAAACGACUACCGGAGCCCGAACACAACAAGAAGCGUACAUCAACCACGAACAAGACCACAGCAGACCCACUAAACGAAGCACAAGGAGGACGGUUGAAAGACCCACCCGCGUCCCCGGACAGAACAACACUAAGACUGAAAGCCAGAGGUACAAAAGAGGAGAAGAAGAGAAAGACGACAGCAGCGCCAACAACCUGGGCGAGCCGGAGACAGGUCCAACACCCGUCCGGGACACGAGACGCCCAGAGACGCAGCAGAAUACAGAAGCGGAGCCCGAGCUCAGACACCACCAGAUAGAUCAAUAG